AUGGUUUUGGAAGCGUGCAUGCUUGUCAUUGACAACUCGGAAUAUAUGAGAAAUGGCGAUUAUCUCACGUCGCGGUAUCAGGCGCAAUUGGACACGGUGGAGCUGAUUUUCAGACGCAAGACGAACUCGAAUCCAGAAACCACUGUUGGGCUGAUGACGAUGGCUGGCGAAUCGCCCCGUGUGAUCAGCAACUUGACUACCGAGUACGGGAAACUGCUGAGCGGACUCCACGAGAGCCGGAUCGAAGGCUACAGCAAGCUUGUGGAAGGGAUCCAGGUGGCUUGUCUUGCAUUGAAAAAUAGACAGAACAAAGCGCAAAAACAGCGGGUGGUGGUGUUUGUGGGAUCGCCAAUCAAGAGUGACGGCGCAGAACUAGACAAGUUGGCCAAGAGACUCAAGAAGAACGGAAUUUCGAUCGACUUUAUCAAUUUCGGAGAACAACAGACCAACACGGAACAGCUCGAGAAAUUCAUAUCGAUAGCAAACAGCAACGACUCCUCGCAUUUGAUAACCGUUCCUCCAGGACCUAACCUUUUGUAUGAACAGGUGGACAGAUCAGCAUUGUUUCAGGAAGAGGGCGGCGCCACAGGUGGGCUUGGUAUGGGUGACGAGUUUGGGUUUGAUGACCCAAACAUGGACCCAGAAUUGGCUUUGGCCAUCAGAUUGUCAUUGGAGGAAGAGCGUGCAAGACAGGAAAGAGACCAGCCGCCAGCAGAAAGCAAUCUGGAGUCGGUGAAGGAGGAGACCAAGGAGGACGAUAAAAUGGAUGAAUCCAACUGA